CAGGAGAAGGCCCUGUCCUCCCCCGCUCCCCCUCCGCCCUUUUAAACCUUAUAUCAUGUCAAACAUGAUGCUCCCGCUCAAAGAAUCACUGGUCCGUUCGAUUUAGAUGUCAGCAAGCCCCUGGCGUUGGCCGUCCGCGGAAAAACUAUCUCUCAAUCUCAACAUUCUUCUUAGCUGUCUUACUACCUUUUCUUUUCUUUUCCUUCUCUCCCUCUUUGUAAAUGAGUCUGCGCAGGCCCAUUUGUCAUGCCACCAAGUUUCUGUAAGCGGGUGGCUACCUUCAAUGACCGCCACCCGGAGGUUCAUCUUUUUUCGAGCCUUUUCCGCAGUCAACCUUUGUUCUGCGUGUCGAGCCAUACUACAUUUCUACUUGGUGCUCGGCAUUUCAGAUUGGGAUGGUGUUGUAUUAUGGUACAGUUACUUCACGGCUCGAUUGGGUAUUCAUGUUGUAGACUUUUGUACAUAACGGCGAAUGCAUAUGUAAUCAAGCUCAAUUGCUUCGACGGCCAAGGCCAAUCCGGGCACUCUUGUGAUCUUUAGACCGCGGAACUUUUGUUAUCUUGCUCUUUAACGAUUGUCAUGAAGAGCGAGCGUCCUAAGCUGACGAUGUGGGAGCAGUGGAAGAU